UUGUCGCAUCCGUUGUGACACAAUUGAUGCGCCAACAAUCUCUUUUAACUUUGCCUUUGGUUUGCCUGUGUCUUUGCCCCUUGCGAGUUGCGAUCCUAAUUUUCGCAACCCUCGGGCCCUAUUGGAUUCCCGCUGCGUGCCCGCGUGUUUUGGCGUCCCAGAUUUGUUCCUUAGGGUUCGACGGAGAUGGGUUCCAAGCAGGCGACAGCGGGCGAAGAUUUAGGCCUGUUGAUCGAAGAACUCAAGAAAAGACAUCAAAGGGAUUUGCAGAACUUAACAUUGACAACUCAACCCUUGAAGACAAUGUGGCUUUUCUUGUUUGCCACAUUGCAAUAUCUUAGGCAGACGCUUCUAUAUGUUUUAAGGAAAGGUGAUUGGCUUGUGGCAUUGACUAUCUUGGUAACAGCUCUUGGUCUCUUUCUUGUGAAUGGUGAUGUUUCCAACGAAAAGCAUGUUCAAGAGUUCCUAAACUACGCAACAUUUGGUUUGUGGUGGAUAGCACUUGGGGUGACAUCAUCAAUUGGGCUGGGGUCUGGAUUGCACACAUUUGUGUUGUAUUUGGGUCCCCAUAUUGCAUUUUUUACAAUCAAGGCCAUGAAUUGUGGUCGAGUUGAUCUCAAAACUGCUUUAUAUGACACUAUACAGUUGAAAAAGCGACCUUCAUGGCUUGAAAAGGACUGUUCUGAGUUUGGACCACCAUUAUAUGAAUCAUUACCUGGUUCCCUAGUCAGGGUUCCCAUCAGCAGUAUUCUACCUCAGGUUCAGCUAGAGGCCAUUCUUUGGGGGUUGGGUACUGCCCUUGGAGAGCUUCCUCCUUAUUUCAUUUCAAGAGCAGCAAGCUUGUCUGGAAACAAAUUGGAAAUGGAGGAAUUUAAUGCAGCUUCAUCAGAAGAAGAUGGUUUUCUGUCUGCUUAUGUGAAUCAAAUUAAAUGCUGGCUCCUCACUCACUCCCAGUAUCUUAACUUUUUAACAAUAUUAGUGCUUGCUUCAGUACCAAACCCACUUUUUGAUCUUGCUGGUAUAAUGUGUGGGCAAUUUGGAAUCCCAUUUUGGAAAUUCUUCCUGGCUACCUUGAUCGGAAAAGCAUUGAUAAAGACUCACAUUCAGACACUUUUUAUUAUUUCUUUGUGCAAUAAUCAACUCUUGGAAUGGUUGGAGAAUGAGUUGAUAUGGGUGCUUGGUCUCAUCCCGGGUCUCCCUUCUGUGCUGCCCAAUUUAAUUGCCAAAUUGCACAUGGUUCAGCAGAAGUAUUUGUCAACUCCAGUCCCAGAACCAACUCUCACAGAUGGAAGGGCAAAGCAGUGGAACCUUUCCGUCACUAUGAUAUGGAAUAUUGUCAUAUGGCUUAUGCUCAUGAGCUUCUUUGUGAAAAUAGUGACUGCUACAGCAAAAGGAUACCUCAAGGAGCAGCAAGAAUUGGAAAUGACCAAAAAGAAACUGGCACUAAAAUCUACCUGAGUCAAGCGUGGGGUUUUUCUCACCAAUUUCUUUCCGGUCAAGCAACAUUAUGUUAAGAUUCAACAGCUGCUUUUUGUUCCAUGCCCUCAGUGAAGCUCACUGUCUUACAAGAAAAUUAUAAGUUGUACAGGGUCGGUAUUAUUAGAUGGCAGGUCCUUUUUUAUCACCUGCCUGAGCACGUUGUGCAUUCAAUUCCGCUCCUUUUAAUUUUUGAAACGUGAGAAUUUAGCAAUAGCAGCAGCAGCAGCUAAUUCUCAAGUUAUCUGACCGUUGAUUGUUUCCAUAAGAGAUUGAAGGAUCAGUACCCAUUAUUUU